AUGUGUCGCGUUAUACUUACUCACCCGGACACUGAAAACGACGUCAAAGUGGAACUGCAAUCUCCUAUGUCCACACCGAAGAGUGCAAAAGGAGGAAAAAUGGCGGAGCUUAAAGCGCUGAUUGCCAAACGUGGUGCAGUGAAAAGCAAAAUGGCGAGAAUCAACACUGCAAUCGUCGCAGUUGAAGAUCCACUUGCCAUGUCUAUGGCGCAGCUGCGCGUCCAUUCGAGAAACGUAGAAAAAUACUACAGUGAGUAUAAUGACGUACAUGAUGCAGUUAUGCAAGCUAUACAUGAAAACCAGAAAGAGGCUCAGGAAGCAAAGCUGAUCGAGUUUGAAGACCUUUAUAACGAAGUGCAAGUUGCUAUCGAAACUUUAAUGGAAGCUCAUACACAUCGUGAGCGAGCAGUAUUCCCAACAGGUGUGCAACAGAACGGUCAAACGCAGAUCGUCAUCCACCAGCAGGCUCUUCGUGCACCGUUACCAACAUUCGACGGGCGAUACGAGAACUGGCCCAAGUUCAAGUCGAUGUUCCACGACUUAAUGCGGAAUUCUCCGGACUCGGAUGCAGUAAAGCUGUAUCAUCUGGACAAGUCGCUGGUGGGAAGCGCGGCUGGAAUCAUCGAUGCAAAAACGAUACAGGACAAUAACUAUCAGCAAGCCUGGCAAAUCUUGGAACAACGGUAUGAGAACAAGCGGUUGAUUAUCGAUGCCCAUGUUCAAGGUGUGCUACAGAUGAAGAACGUUGUUUAA